GAGUAUUUAUAUCCCCCACUCACACAGCACAGGAAAAUGAUCUUCACUUGAAAGACCAUCUGCAAAUACCAUCCAGGGCACUGUAAUGUUCCCAAUAUAACUUCACUGCCAGCUGAGGGGUCCGGUCAGCGACCUCAGUCUGAGCUGUAAGGGAAGUGACAGGCACCCACUCUGCUCGCCGGAUUGUGUUUUCUUCACGUUUGGAAGGACACCAUGAUGAAAGGGGAAGAUUCAGAGGAAGUAGAGAUUGACUUGGGGGACUCCAGUGACCCUGAUGAAUUUGAUAAUGGGGAGGAACCUCAGAUGCUGUGGAAGGCCCCUCCUGCUUUGGAAGAAGAGGAAAACAUUCACACAUCUACCCUAGUGGAAAUCAGUGAUACCAAACCUCUGAUUAAUGUCAGAGACCCUCGUGGUAUCAAUGACUGCCUCAAGGUGACGUUUGAGGAUGUGAUCGCUGAGCCGGUGUCUGUGCGAAGUGGGGACAGAGUAUGGAUCUGGAGUAAUGCCCUGUUUGAGGUGUCUAGGGUUUGGAUCUACAGGAUAGUCACAGUGCUUCUGGCAAUUCCCAUGUCAAUUAUCUCUGGUUUCCUGUUUGCAAUCCUCAGCUGCUUUCACAUCUGGAUGGUUGGUCCUUGUAUCCAGUGUAUCUUUAUUGGCACACGCUGGCUGCAGAGCCUGUGGACCAUUGUGCUUAGCAUCAUUCUGCGUCCCUUCUUCAAGAGCGCUGCAAGAUGCUGUGGAGGUUUCAGUAUUCACCUGGCCAAAGAAUGAGAGUCAUACAUCUGCACUGGGAUUGUUCAAUAUGCGCACAAGUGCACUGGUGUUCUAGUGGACUGAGCUGAAGUGUGCGUUGAUAUUUGAGUCUUUAAUAUUUAAUUCAUAAUAAAAUGUUUAUAAUUACAUGUUUUUCACAGUCAAGAUAGCUUUGGUCAAAGUCCAAAGUAUUUGCUGGCCCUUUUUAAUGAUUUUAACGGCUUACAACUGCUUACUUACUUGUGACCUGACAGUGACAAAAAGAAGGAGAUGUAAUUCUUACUUUCAUCCUCCCCUAAGUGAAAUUGCUCUGGAGAGACCAAAUAGAGGAUCAGACUUCUUAAAAACUGGGAUCAGUGUAAAAAAAUGGAGUCUCUAAAAUAACUUCCGUUCCAGUGAUUGAUUUGAUGAAAAUGAAACUGCUGAAAGUGAACCUUUUGGUUGAAUGCAGCACAUCAUAAAGGUUACGCCUCUGGAUUAGUAUUUACAAUUUGGAGUAAUUUCAUCAUAAUUAAUUAUGCAAUUUGAAUGUUGUAUAGUCUUUAUGUCAUAAUACUUUUUAAGAGGUUAGAGUUAUGUAUAUUUUUUUUACAUUUUAUGCUGUAGUUUAGAGUUAAAGCUCAAUGAACAUAAAUGUACAACUACUAGGAUCUAAUUUUAAUUGUAGUUAAGCUGCUGACACCUAAGAAUAUUUAGUUCUGCAGAAAAGAAGACCCACUUAUCUUAGAUAUAUUCUGAGGAAAUGGCAAUAAAAGCUACGGAUUCAAGUAUUUGACUGUUAAAAUGAAAAAUAUAUUUCUCUAUACAGAAAACAUUAUCAUUGUGGUGGCCGAGGGUUUAAUCUGGAUUAGUAUUGCAUCCUACAGACAUGUUAUAUCCUAUAUAUGAGUUAGGAAACAAAAUCUACCUCCAAAGAACUAUGAAGCCAUUACAGCAAUUGUAACUCAUUAAUUCUCCACAUUGUAAUGAUAAAACAGAUAUUAAAAUCAUUGUCACCACCAUUGUUACACCACUAUUGCAUGGAUAAUAUGAAGGACAGCAGGACUGGGCUUAUAGUGAUUUGUAGGCUUUACAAUAUAAUGACCAUUUAUUCAGGGUCAAUUGUUUUAAGCUUGAAAGCAAAUGUUCUUGCGAAGUUGUGUAUUUAGUGAGAUAGGCUUUAUAUAGGUUUAUAUGAGCAACCUUCGAGUAUUACUUUUUUCUUUAAUUUCGUGUGUGGAUGGAAAUUAAUAAAACAUCCUACAUGAUCUCACCAUA